AUGGAUGGUUCUUGCAAUAUCGUCGUGGUUGUUUUUCUUUGGUUACUUACCUUAUCAAAUGUUGAUUUAUGCAUUUGCAGAACAUCUUAUGAGGUUCAGUGCCUUCCAAGUGAGCGAGAUGCCUUACUUAAGAUGAAGAGUCAUCUCUCAGAUCCUUCAAACAGGCUAACCUCUUGGUCUCUCCAUGCAAAUUGCUGCAGCUGGGUUUCAGUUGUUUGCCACAACAUCACAGGCCAUGUUCUUGAGCUCCACCUCACGACUCCACCUCCUUUACAGUUUGGCGGCGAUGAUUUGUAUGAGACAUUAAUGUUUGGUGGUGAGGUACAUUCUUCCUUGCUUGACUUGAAGCAUUUGAAUUAUUUGGAUUUGAGCAGUAAUUAUUUUGGAGGCAUGCAAAUACCUGGUUUUCUUGGCUCAAUGAAAAGCUUGACGUAUCUUAACCUAUCUCAUGCUGGGUUUGGUGGAAGCAUUCCUCUUCAAUUUUGGAAUCUUUCCAAUCUGAUCUAUCUUGACCUUGGAGGCAAUUAUUUGGAAGGAAGCAUUCCUCAUCAAAUUGGAAAUCUCUCCAAUCUAAUCUGCCUCAAUCUCAGCAGCAAUGUUUUGGAAGGAAGCAUUCCUCAUCAAAUUGGAAAACUCUCCAAUUUACAAUAUCUUGGUCUUGGAGGUAAUGAAUUUAAUGGAAGCAUUCCUCGUCAAAUUGGAAAUCUCUCCAAUUUGCAAUAUCUAGAUCUUGGAUAUAAUCAGUUUGGCGGAAGCAUCCCCCAUCAAAUUGGAAACCUCUCAAAUCUAAUCAAUCUUCAUCUCGGAUAUGAUGAAAACCUUCAAUGGGUUUCAGCUCUUUCUUCUCUUCAGCAUCUUGAGCUGAGUUAUUUAAACCUAUCCAACACCUUUGGCUGGUUGCAGGAUCUAGAUUCACUUCCUUCCCUGAGAGAGUUGCACUUGUUAGGAUGUGAUUUGAACCAUCAUUUUGAACCAUCAACCUUAAACUUUUCAUCUUUAGCCAUCCUUCAUCUUUCUGAUUCUGAAUUGGGCACUUCAUUGAUUCCAAAUUGGCAUCUUCAAUAUUUGGACAUCUCCGACAACAAGAUUCGUGAUUCAAUUCCAACUUGGUUUUGGGGCAUAGCUGGAAAUCUCUACUAUUUGAAUCUCUCCCACAAUCAUAUUGAAGGAGAGCUUUCGAAUACACUGAUAAACUGUUCUUCUAGAGUUGUUGAUCUAAGCUCAAAUAAGUUACAUGGCCAAUUACCGUAUGUAUCACAAAAUGUGGCAUUCUUAGACCUCUCAAGCAACUGGUUUUCAGGAUCCAUUACUCACUUUUUGUGUCAUAAACAAGAGGAGAUGGGGUUAAGAUUUCUUAAUUUGGCAUCAAAUAAUUUAUCAGGUAAAGUACCUGAUUGCUGGGCGAGGUGGCCAUAUCUUGUGGUAGUGAACUUAGGAAACAACCAUUUCACUGGAAUUUUACAGACAUCCAUGUCAUCCUUGCCACUAUUGAAAAUGUUGAACCUUCGCAACAAUAGUUUUUCUGGAAAUUUACCGAGUUUUUUGAAGAACAGAAAUAGCCUGGAUUCCUUGGAUCUGGGAGAGAAUCAAUUUUCAGGAAUGAUUCCAUCUUGGGUUGGACAAAGUUUAUCAAAUUUGAAGAUUCUUGUUCUGAGAUCAAACAAAUUUUCUGGUCCAAUUCCUCAUCAAAUUUGCGACAUGAGUGUCUUACAAAUCUUGGACCUCGCGCAUAACGAGUUGACAGGAUAUAUUCCAAAAUGUGUCAACCAUUUGAGUGCCAUGUUGGUAAUAAAUAAUAGUUUAGAGUCAUACAUUCCUCUCACAAAAAUAUAUGCUCUUCAAUUGGUAGUUGAACCAUUAUUGUUGAAAGAAAGGGUUUAUGAUUACAGCUCCAACCUUGGUCUCAUCACUAGUAUCGACUUGUCAAACAAUGAAUUAUCUGGAGAGAUACCAACAAAACUUACAAGACUUAAGGGACUUCAUUUUUUGAACCUUUCAAAUAAUCAUUUUGUUGGCCAAAUUCCUCAAAAUAUUGGCAAUAUGAAAUCACUUGAGACUAUGGACUUCUCAAGAAACCAUCUUACAGGUGAAAUCCCGCCAAGCAUGUCGAAAUUGAGCUUUCUGAGCAUGCUGAACUUGUCUUACAAUAAUUUGAUGGGAAAAAUUCCAACAGGGACCCAAAUACAAAGCUUUGAAGCAUCAAGUUUUGUUGGCAAUUAUGAUUUAUGUGGUCCUCCACUCAAUAGUUGUUCAUCAAACAGCUCCAGCAACAAAGAAGAAGAAGUCCAUCAUGUGAAAGGAAUCAAUUGGUUCUUUGUCAGCAUGGCAUUUGGAUUUAUUGUGGGGUUCUGGGCAGUGGUGGGUCCUUUGCUCUAUAGUAGUUCAUGGAAGUAUGCUUAUUUCCAAUUCAUUGAUCGCAUGUGGUAUAAACUGCAAUACCGUUGCUGCUGGUGA